UGGACAUCCGUGUGCUAUCUGGGUUAUGACUUCUAUGUUCUACCUGGGAUAAGAGCAGAGUUUUGUGCUGCAUAGCUGCAUAUUCUUCCGGGAGAGCUGAAGGCACGUUCCCAUUCCAAACAGACGAAACCGAGGACGGUGCCUGCAAAACAUUUAUAGGUUAGAUCUUCAUACGAGAAUGAUAAAAAUGGAGUUGGCUUUAUUGAGAAGUAAAUUUCGCGGCUCAAUGCUGGGUGUUUUGGUCGGCGAUUGCAUUGGAAGUCCGUACGAAGGCGAGGAGACUUUGACACCCGGCAUGAAAACUGUUCUACAACAGUCUUUUGACAAAUUGGAGAGAACGGAAUUUAAAGCGCCUGUCAUGCAGUUUACAGAUGACUCAGCAAUGACACGAUCUUUAGCUGAGUCGUUAGUUGAAAGAAAAUCUUUGGAUAUUGUUGAUGUAGCAAGACGAUUUGUGAAAAGUUAUUAUCAAGAACCCACUCGUGGUUACGGUGCCAGUAUUGUAACUGUAUUUCAGAAAUUACGGGCUAACAAAUUAACAGAUAUAAUUAGUCCAGCAAAAGAUCAAUAUAAUGGUUUAGGUUCAUUUGGUAAUGGUGGAGCAAUGAGAGUUGCUCCACUGUCUUUAUUUUGUUACAAUGACCACAAUAAACUCAUAGAUUAUGUUAAGAAGGAAACUGAAAUUACACAUACGCACAAGUGGGGAAUAAACGGUGCUAUUUUACAAGCUUUAGCAGUUCAACAAAGUAUAAACUUAAAUCCCAGUGAAGAAUUAAAUGUUUCUAGUUUUGUUGACAAUCUCAUUGACAAAAUGGAUAAAAUUGAAGCUGAUCAAACAGAAGAUUAUUUAGAAUUAGACGAGGGACUCUAUAAGGAUCAAUUGUGCACAAUAAAGGAAUUGAUUUCUGAGAAUGGUGAUCGUCCCCAUGACGAAAAAGUAGUUCAGACCUUGGGAGUUGGUCUCAAUGCUUUGUACUCUGUUCCUACCGCAAUCUUUUGUUUCCUAAGGGCACAAAGACCUAUCAAGGGUAUAAAAACAGACAAUCCUCUCAGAAGAGCUAUUCAAUAUGCUAUUACUCUAGGUGGUGAUACAGACACAAUUGCUAGUAUGACUGGUGCGAUAGCGGGUGCUUUCUACGGCGAAGAGAAGUUCAGCCCAUUAUUAUUGGAACACUGUGAAGUGUCGGAACAGUUCCGUGAAUUGGCCGACAAAUUACUGGACGUAGCUACACAGGAAUAAUUGUUUAAAUUCGUCGUAUUUGUAAUUACUGUGAGAUAUACAUAAUGUUAGCAUUUCAUUAAUGUAUGAUAAUUUUUUUGAUAUAGAUAACUAUACUGUAUAGUUAUUUGUAUGCACUUUAUUUACAUCACUUGAACUAUGGACAACAAUUUUCUAUUUAAGCGACACAUUUAUAAUUAAAUAUUAAAUUAUAACUAUGACACGGGAGAUUAUCUGCUUUUCACGAUAUAUACUUUAUAUUUCCUGAAUGUGGUGCCAAGUAUAUUUUUAUAAUUAAUAAUGAAUUAAAAGUGGUAACUCUCUGAGCUGUUUAGAAACAA